AUGACCUUAGAAAGUGAAACUACUAUUUUGAACAGAGUGGAUGGUUCUGCAUCCCUAGAUGCCGGUGAAACCAAAGUUAUAUCAUCAGUUUCAGGUCCAAUAGAACCAAAAGCUAGACAAGAGUUACCAACAACAUCUGCUUUAGAAGUUAUAAUAAGAGCAGAUAUAGGAGUAUCGAAUACAAGGGAAAAAUUAUUAGAAGACAAGCUUAGAGCCAUAUUAUCACAAGUUAUUAUUGGUCAUUUAUUUCCAAGACAGCUUAUACAGAUCACAUCACAAGUUUUAGAGUCUGGUGAAGAUAGAGAAUACACAUCAAAAGAAUUAUCAGCCAUCGUCAAUUCAUCAUAUUUGGCAUUGAUUGAUGCUAAUAUAGGACUUAGUGUAUCUUUUGCUGCUCAAGAUAUUGCCAUCACCGAAAGUGGUGAAUUAAUUGCCGGUCCAACUAAGGAACAAUUAAGAUCUUCUAAAAGUUCACAUGUUGUGGUAUAUGCUAUAGAGAAUGGUGAACCAAGUAAUAUUUUGUUUAGUGAUAGUAUUGGUACAUUCACUGAAGAUGAAGUUUAUAGAGUGUUAGCUAUUGCCAAACAACAUACUGGGAAAGUUCAUCAAAAAUUCAGAAAGACUUUACAAGAAAAAGUUGAAAAAGAUUUUGUAUGGAGUGUAUAG